AUGCUGGCUGUGCGCUCUGAUGGGUCGACAGCUUCGCAGGCCGCUUGGGACGCCGACUUGCGACAGCUUCUCCAAGACGCAGACGCACUCUUUGCGGAUGUUGCGUGGCACGACAAGGAAGGCGGCUCGACGGUCUACGCUCACAAGUUUAUCCUCUACGCUCGAGCAAGCGGAGCAUUCCAGCAAGCGUUCUUGGGCGUCCCGCACAGCCUCUCGGAGACGAGCUUGUCGCGCAUCGGCCAAUCCAGCGCCUCCCUGCGCACCUUCACGCCGACGAGCGCCAUUGCAGACGGACGGGUCCCUGCUGGUCUAGAGAAGGACAACAGCGGGGCCGCGGAUGCGAAUGCCACCCUUCAGAGGGCCAGUGCUCGACCCCUGCGAUUGUCCUUGCGAUCAGCAGACGUUCCCGUCUUCAAGGCGGCACUCAAGUGGUUCUACACGGCCGGCAAAGAGGACGAGGCUUUUCGCACUGUGUUGGACGGCUUCCAGGAUGGAGCGCUUGCGGAGGAUGAGGGCCUCACAGGGAUUCAGCGGUUACGAGAGGACCUGCUGUACAGCUGGCGCAGCAAGCUUUACGCCGACGUCUCGCUCGUGCUGGAUGGGACGCCAGGCGGACCUUUCGCGGCCCACCGAGCAAUGCUGGCGGUUCGUUCGCCCUAUUUCCGGGCUCUCCUCCUUGGCGAGUACAGCGACUCCUCCGCGCAAACCCUGGCAUUACCAAGUCCACCGUUCACUCCAGCAUCAACCACCUUCGUCCUCGGCUACCUCUAUUCGGGAACUCUCGACUUCUCGACGCGCAGUUUCGACCUGUCAACGGCUUUCGAGCUUUGGCGGUGCGCCGCCUUUCUCGGUCUGUCUACGCUACAAGACGAGCUUGAAGAUUGGGUCUGUUCGACCUUGACAACUCAGCGAGCUGCCCGAGUAUUCGCCUUCGCGCAUGCGCCAGACGUCGGCAGCAACCGCCUCGCAUCCGCAGCGAUGCCGCACCUCGUCGAGCGCCUUGACCCGACCUGGGUUGCGACUCCCCACGUCGGCGAAGUCGACUACGAAGCGCAGAAGAAGCUUGUCCGUGCGGCAUGCGACAACGUCAAGCCCGACAAUGCAGCCUCUCUCGCUGUGCAAGUCGCCGCCUGUCGUCGCAAACUCGCUGCCUCAUCGUGGGCAGAGCACGUGCGUGCGAUGCUCGAAGCGGUCGAAGCCCAACUCGUCGCUGUAAUGGCAAACAAUCUCGACGGGGUUGUGCGCUCGGCGAGUUUCGGCGACCUCGUCGACGGGGUAGGGUUCAACAGCGACGUCCUCGAGUGGCUACUCGGCCUCCUCGUCAAGGGCCUCACCGAGAGUCAGGCAGCGCAGGCGUACCAGGUCUUAGUCGAGAAGGUGCUGCUUCGCGAGAAAGGACUUCGUGCCGAUGCACGUAUCCUGGUCGAGGACGCUCGCACCGGCGUCGUAAGGUACCUCAAGAGGAAGUGGGACGGUGUUCGUCAAUGCGGCGGCUUCAACGGCAUAGCGCCGCAUGUUCUGAGGGAAUUAGCCGACGAGCUCGACAUCUCUCCCGAGGACCUACUCGCAAAGCAUCCGGCCACUCGCACUACGACGAAUCGUGCGAGGCGACCCCCGCCGCACCUCCUCGAAGGCAGACCGUCGCCAGUCCAACCAAUGCAGACAGCGGCAUCGGUCGAGCGAGCCGCGACUCGUCUCGGGCCUCGCGCCAGUCUACCUACGCAGAGCCCUGCGGUCGGCGCAAGGCUUGCCCCCAGGCGGGGUGGGGCGACAGCUGCGCAAGCGCCUGCAGCCAGGGUGUCGAGUGGCCGCAACACAGCACGCGUAGCACACGCUCCGGCCUCAGAUGCGAGCGAUGCUGGCGCAGCCCGACCGAUACCGCCUGCGCGCCCAACAAGCACUCGCGCGGACGACGAACCACGACCGUCAUUAGUGGCGAGUCGAGCCGCGCCGUCAGCCAGCACGCCUCGAUCCGAGACCGCGUCGAGGGCCCCGAGGCUGUCGCACACAACGCUUCGACACCCAGAAGCGGCUCCCUCGUCCAGCGCGAAGGCAAGCCGAGCACCCAUCGCUGCUGCGCGGCCCGUCUCUACGACAUCUCGCGGCGCUGAGGCUCGACUUGCUUCCGCGAGUGCGGACGGGCAGGACUCGCACCGUCGACCUCCCCAGCGCGACAGGUCUUCAUCUGCAUCGACUGCGACUUCCCGCACGCUCGCGCGACCGCCAUCUACGAGCUCGAUCCGGUCGACCAGGACACUGCAUGCGUCUACGCCUACCAUCCGCGGUCGUACACGCGCCGACUCGCAAUCGUCUUCAAGUCACCGGCACCCUACUAGCGGAGCUCGCUCGAUCGCAGACAAUCCCGUUCGAGGUCCGCGCAAAUUGCGACCGGCCGCAAGCCCGCAGACAGGGCAGUCUGCACCGUCCGGCACCGCCUUGUUGGCGCCCAUUCCCUGCAUCGUCACAGUCGGGCGCGAUCGCCUUUUUCGAAUCCGGGCUCAAGUUCGGUACAUCGGUCCGCUUGACGGCCAGCAAGGCGAAUGGGUUGGCGUCGAGGCGCGGGCGACGGCGAUACCGGACGAAGCGCUGACUCUUCCCUGGGGCGACGGUUCCCGUAACGGGGUAACUUAUUUCGACCUUUCUGCCGACGAUCCAUCCGGCAGCUUGCAGGCAGCGCCGGUCUCGCACGACGCCGCUCUUGACAAUCCCGCCUCUCGGACCGCUUCCCCGGCCCCGCCGUCGCAGGCGGCGCUUGAUCCGUCCGACUCCCUGCGUCGUCCACCAUCGAGGCGUGCUAGGCGGUCGGCAUCGAGCGACCGCAGCGCAGCCGCCGUGACUCGCAAGGCCCUGUUCGUCCGUCCUCACCAAAUUGUCUACGUGCUCUGA